AUGGGGUCGUCGUUCGAUCCAAGACGGAAUUACAUGAGCCAUCCCACCAAGGGAGCAGGCAGCGUCUUCGCCAUCCUCUUCGCCUUUGCUUUCACGUUGCACGUCUACCAGAACAUAAAGUACCGAUGUUGGCGUCUCAACUGGUUGACGCCAUGCACUGCGAUCAUCUUCCUCGCCGGCUCCAUUUCCCUCGAGUACAGUGCCUUUCACCCAACGGACUUCUCGCCCAGUCAAGGCCUGUUUUACAGCGGAUCUGCUGUCCUCGUGGCCGCUUACUGCGUCUACUUGGUUUACCUGAUGGCAACCCAGCACGAGCUCAAGAGGUGGUGGAACCAACUGAUUGGCACGGUCUUCAUAUUCACCCUCAGCGGCGUCAUCUCCCUCACUGCUCAGGGGACGUCUAAUUUCUUCGGCACGGGCGCUACUCCUUCGAGCGCCCACGCAGGCCUACAAGUCUUGCGUGCUGGUGUGACAGUUCUCCUGGCUGCGAAUAUCGUCUCACUCGUGGUUUUUGUCCUCUUCUAUCGGCACAUAGCUCUCGGUCUGGGGCGUGAAGAUAUCAAGCGCCAAGUCAAAGUCUGGAUCUCCGUGCUUUGGGCCAUAGGCAUCCUGCUUCUCGCGCGAAACCUGUUCCGCACCGUGCAGAUAUUUUUACCAGCCAGCGCUGACCUGUGGACUUCCGAAGCGUAUUUCUGGAUCUUUGAGGCCGCCAUCGUUUUUGUCUGCAUAAUGUUGCUGAAUUUGCUGCCACCAGUCCUAAUUAGCCCAGCACGAAACGUAUGCACUAAUUCGUGCUAA